UAUACGCGACAUCUUGAGUUCAACGUUUGUGACGCUGGAAUGAGUGUGUGUUCACAUCUUAUGUGGAUACUGUUGUCAGUGUCGUAUUGUUGUGUGAAAAUUGUUGUUGACAAUUUUCUUUUCAAUGUAUUGACAAUCCAAAAUCACAUUUUUGACGCGAUGGAUGAUAUUUACGGAUUCUAUGCGAAAUCUUCAUCGGAGCGAUUGAACAUCUUUGAAUACUUCAAAAAGUACAGUGAAUUAGCCAACCUAAAACAACUUGCACAGCUAAGAUCAAAUGACGAUCAACAGUCAGGAAUUCUCCAGAUAAUGGAAAUGGACAUUGGAGAAGAGAAUUUUGCAGCUCUGGCUGAAUAUUGCAACGUGCAAAAUUUGACAAUCCCUGGGGAAUUUGCAAAGCCUGAAGAUACACGUCUAGCCAAUCGAAAAGAUACUUACGAGUCAAAAGAUAUUCCCCCAAAUGUCGAUCUACAAACGCUGAAGACCAUUCAGAGACGACUGAAAAUGCCUCAGAAAUCAUUUAUUCAUAAUUUGAAGUACAGGGGUGAAUUAUGUAUCCAGUCAGGAGAAACAAAGUUGGUAGGUCAGGAACAAGACCAGACAAUAGAGCCUGGUAAGGACUUUUUACUUUUUGUGAGGAUCUACUUGCCGUUUCUUCACCAGACAAAGUUUUUGACUAGGAAACCCAAGGUAUCGACAAGCCACAUUGUGGCUAUUCUGGGAACGCAAACACUGGCACAACUUAGGGACCUCAUUAUAUGCACAUCUGAUCUAUCGAUAUCAACGGAAAGGAGUGAUAAUCCCCACAUCACAGUUCAGCAUCAGGCCAAAGAUGUCUAUAAAUCCGCAUUCUUCUACAUCGAGAAUACUUUCUACAAUGAUCUUCGCGAUGCAGCAAAUCAUGACAAUAGUCAAGAUAUCAGAACCUGGGCAGAAGGGCGAAAUUUGGGACCAUUUAAAGUUGCGAGAAUGGAAGAUACAACUAUAAACUCUCUUAACGUCAGAUUUGGAUUCCCUUGGGUCUAUCAGCACCAAGGGACCUGUGAACAUUUGAUCGUGUUCUCUGACGCUAGAUUAGUCAACUUAUCUGAUCCACUUUCGGUAUCGAGCUAUCCAAGGAUUCAUAGGAUGCGGGCGUGUUCAACAAAAUAUUGCAUGGUCUGCGGAAUGUUUGCCGCCAAUUGGAUAACAACAAACAAUGAAAGGAUCCCUCACGAACCAUGUUAUUUUUGCAACAGUUGUUUCCAAUCAUUUAAUUACAUAAAUGGAACGAAAAUUGGAAACUUCAAAGCAUACCUAUACCCCUCGACAAACGUUACUGACAGCUUUCAGAGUAUUCCACUCUCCGCUUCUGACCCACGAACGAGUGAAGAAGAGGACUAAAAGUGCAGUGAAGCAGGAAACAACUAUUUUUGGGCUAUAGUAUUUAGUGAGACGAUGUAAUCCGAUUGCAAUAAGGAGACAGAAGCCUGCAGAAGGAACGUAAAGUGUCCGUUCUGCGAUAACGAAACCUACGUUGAAGAACAAAUUCGUAGCAGGAAGAAAAGGAAUAAACAUAAGAGCUAAUCCCAUCAUUGUGUGCCUGAAAAUACCCGAAAUGAAUUAUCGUGUUAAUGGAA